AUGCCGCAGACCUACAACAAAGCCUUUAUCCCCCUCGAGUCUAAUCCCGAUGUCUUCAACGAGUUCAUCGCCCUCCUCGGCGCCUCGCCGUCCCUGCAGUUCGAGGACAUCUUUACACUAGACGAUCCCGCUGCGCUGCCGCAAAAGAUCCUCGCCCUCGUCCUCGUUUUCCCCACGACGCCCACUUAUGAGGCGCGAUUGACGACCGAGGAGGCGGGUGCGAAGGACUGGAUGGUGGAGCACGACGAGGAGGACGAGGAUGCCGUAUGGUUCAAGCAGACGAUCAACAACGCGUGUGGCUUAUAUGCCGUCCUGCAUGCCCUGGCAAACGGCCGAGCCAAGGACUUUCUCAGACCGGGAUCAUUACUAGACAGCUUGUUGUCCAUCACAGCACCCAUGGAUCCCGCGCAGGCGGCAAUGGUGUUGGAAGGUUCCCAAGAGCUUGAAGAUGCCUAUGCAUCAAUCGCGACCAAGGGCGACACGGCCGCGCCUCAGAGCGCCGAGGAUGACGUGGACUUUCAUUACAUUUGCUUUGUUAAGUCACCGGACACAGGUCAUCUCUACGAGCUGGACGGCGACAGGAAAGGGCCGGUUGACAGAGGCGUCCCAGACGAGGAGGAAAAGGUGGAUCUAGGAGCCAAGUCAUUGGAACUUGUUCGGCAAUUCGUCGCGCAAGGAGGAGACAAUAUUGGGUUCAAUCUCAUGGCCCUGGUCGAAAAGUCAUGA